GCUCAGGUUGACUCCAACCCAUUCGGAAAACAGAAACUGGAGUGAGUGGAAGCAGGUGCUGAUGCUAGUCUAGACCACAGAGGUGGCAGUUUUUCAUGCAUUGCUGAUUUCUGACAGACCAUAAAUCAAAUCGUACAGACUGCACAAAAAAAGGGGGCUGUUUGAAAAGAGAGAGAAAAAAAAAGUAUGCCCGAUUUUCCUUUUCCUGGCCACAGCAGAGCAGACAAACGGUACACAAGAAAAAUAAAAAGAGACACAAAAGGGUGGAAAGAAAGUGAGCAAAGGGCUGUGAUCGGCUAACACAGGAGCAUCAUAAUCGCAUGGUGUGGAUUUCCGCUUUGGCACAUUUACUUUAAGCUGCGCAGCAGUGGCAGGGACACACCACAUACACAACACAUGCAUAGUUACUCUACUGUACUAGCUGUACCAGAGCUACACUAUGGCGCUGUGAAGAGGGAGCGAGCUCCACUCCACCAUGCAAUCCACCACGAACUUCAAUGGGCUCCAGCGACAGGGCAGCCAGGACAGUUACAUUAUGGAGGUCUCUCCGCGGAAGAAGGGUCAUCUAUGGUAUCGGGGCUCUCUGAGGGGACGCCAUGACAAACCCAGUCAGAAUGGGGGGACUACUCCCGGGACUCUGCCAAGAGGCUGGAAACAGUCCAACAGAACCCGCUCAAACUCCUUGGUGGAUUACUCGGACCCUCAGCGGACUACUGUCACAAUGCAAAAGCAAGACAAUGAGACGUUUGGAUUUGAAAUUCAGACAUAUGGUGUGCAGCUGAAGAACAGCACUGCGGUGGAGAUGUGCACAUUUGUGUGCAAGGUGCAGGACGAUAGCUCGGCUGAGAGUGCAGGCCUGACCACCGGUGACGUUAUCGUCACCAUCAAUGGGGUCAGCAUUGAGGGGUCGACCCAUCAGCGCAUCGUUGACCUGAUUCGAGAAUCCACCAACUUUUUACAGAUGGAGACGGUGUGUGGGACGGUGGUGAAGAGGAUUGAACUGGAGAAGAAGAUGAGCUUGCUCAAGCAUACCCUGGGAGAGAAAUGGGUGGAGUUGCAAGCACUCACAUUACAGGAAAACCGCCUUACGCAAGGUAACCUGAAUGACAGUUCUCUACACCCCUCUAUGGACUCCCUGAUGUCUCUACUGUCUCCGUCUGGACACAGUGGCCACCGUUUCUCCAGUGACAGUAGCUGCCGGAGUGGGAUGACAGAGGACAGUGUGUUUGGGGACCUGAGCUCUCCCAGCCCCUGCAAUGUGGCCAGUCCAGAUGAUAGCUGCUUCUUCUCCACAGACUUCCCCCAGGAAAUGCCCAGGGCCCUGGCCAGCCUCAGCCGUCCCCAUAGCGAUAGCCUGGCUGGCAGCAGUGGCUCCCUCUCCUCCUCUUCUUGGGACCCCUCCAGAGCCUCCCUUUUCGGGACACUCCCCAGGAAGGCUAGGAGAGCCAGCGUCCGCAAACACAUCCUGAAGUUCAUCCCUGGAUUCAACCACUCAGUGGAGGAGGAGGACACCUGACCUAUGAACGAACACUACAGUAGGUCUGUGUCUGAUGUGAUGUUCAAUACAAACAUUUCCUGCUGAGACUGAAGCAUUGCCAAUAUGGACACCGUGCCCCUGGCUCAGGAGUAGCCACUCAGUGAACAUUAUUGGGAUAAAGAGAAAUAUCCCUUGGACAAAGGCCUUCAGUUAUCUAUAGAUACUGUAUACAUGAUGCACAAUUUUCAUAAUGAGAAAACAGCAUUAAUCCUUAAGGGUAACAAUUAUUUGGAAUAUAGAACACGGGAACUCAGUUCAUGUGUGUGCAGACAGUGCAACAAAGAUUGUGCUUGCCAUUUCCAAAAAUGUUACCAUUGUAUGUAGGGUGAUAACUAUGCAUGAAAAGCCAUGAUUUUCCUCAAUUCAAUAUUUUGCUUGUAUAUAACUUGAGAAGUGUUAUGCUUUGCAUAUUUGAUGCAUGCAAGUCUGUCACCUAAAAAGUGUGAGUUCUUAACCAGGUAGCUAACUUCAUAGUUCAAAACAGGAUGUGGGCAGAGAAGGAGCUACUUUCUUGACUAUUUUUGUACCCAUACCCAAGUUUCAGGUUAUCUACAACUUACUUUCAGUCUUGAUAGUUAUACUACAAAUAAGAACUGUCUUCCCUCUAAUUCAUGGCAUUUUAACAGAGUGCCAUGGAAUGAUACUCGACUGUUUUGAAUGUAUGUUUGCCAUUUGCAUUGAGAUUCAAAAGACAUGUUUAAAAUUCCCUGAAGACAAGUGACUGUAUAAUUUUACACAAAUAAAGUGUAUAGCGACAGUUUAGGAACCAACUAUUUA